AUGGACGCCCGCCACCAAAAUUACGUUGAUACAAUUACUACUACAAAAGCUCCUGUCGGAGACGCUGUGACUGCACUAAACAUUCCAACCGUAGUCAUUCGAAUCGAACAAGAUUUUCCUGAAGUGAUAAGUGAAAGAUCAAAUGGUGGUAAGUUGGUGUUUACUCCCACGUCCAAAAUACUGACAGAUAAAAAUAACGUGGAUGUCUUGUAUACAAUACAAGAACAAAGCAAUUGUAUGUGGAGUUUACCCUUAGUCGACUCCGUUUUUCUACUACCCAUUUUCUCAAUUAUAAACCCUUUGACCUUACCAUUACCUGUUGGCACAAAACCUUUAAAGAGUGUAGCUGGUUACUAUGCUACUACAGAUGUAAUGAACAGAUUAUAG